UAUUCCGGGUGCAUAAGUCAUUUUGGAAAAGAGUUUUCUUGCAGGACGGACAUAGCCGUUUGCGGGAUUGACAUCAUGGAUUGGAACCUUAGAUGUGUUUUACUAGGCACCAUACUGAUGUAUGUACAUGUGGUGCAGGCAAAGGUUGACAAGUCUCCACCUACCAUAGCCGUGGUAGGAGCAGGGAUUGGUGGUGCGUCGUUAGCCUACUACCUGAGAAAGCUGUUUGGUAACGAUGUCUCCAUCGACAUGUACGAACCGCAUCAUGUCGGAGGUCGCUUGGCUACGGUGAAGGUUGGUGCCGCGGAGUUUACAUCAGGGGGUGCCGUCCUCCAUGCCAGAAACCGGUACAUGGCCAAGUUUGCUGAAGAACUAGGAUUAAAACACAAGAAAACCUUCCCAGGGACCACUCGCUCUGCGCUGUAUAAUGGACAAGAGUUUGUCUUCACCACUGAGAGCGCCUCCAGGCUCCUCAAUUUCGCAAAGUUGCUGUGGCGAUAUGGAUUGGAUUAUGUUCGGCUCAAUAAGUUGAUUGAGCGAACUAUGACCGACUUUGAGAACAUUUAUUCUCUACAGGAUGCCGGAAAUGCCUACAGUUCUGUGGAGGAACUUCUCCAUGCCAUGGGUGGAGCCAAGUUUGUCAACAUGACACAGAUGUCCACCAAAGAAGGGCUGGAAGAGGAGGGUUUCUCAACAAGGUUCAUCGACGAACUGGCCAUGGCAGCCAUAAGAAAAAUCUAUGGACAAACUGUUGAUGUUCCUUUCUUUCCUGGUGCCACAUCGUUGGUAGGGACACAGCCAGGUCUGUGGACAGUGGACGGAGGCAACAAAAGAGUCCCGAUGGAAUUAAUCAACACAGCCAAGGUCAAGCUUAUUCCUGGUGUAGUACACAAAGUCACAUUAAAGAAUUCCAAAGAUCAGCCUAAGUUUCUACUCCAGUACAGGCUAAAAGACCCAAACGAUAACCAAAUGCUGACAGAACAGAAAGAGUAUGACAUUGUUAUCGUUGCUACUCCACUACACGAAGGAAAAAGUAACAUCACAUUUACUGAUUUCCCAACCCCGCUACCACAGAUAAGGGGUAGGUUCCACAGAACUGUGGAGACAAUUGUGCAGGGAAAGUUGAACGCUGAGUAUUUUGGUGUUUCCGACCCUAAGGACGCCCCUACAAACAUCAUGACUGUUAACGCUAACAUCCCCUUCAACAGUAUAGCUAUACAAACACCUGUAUCCAUUCCGAACGACUACUCCCCUGUGGGCCCUGAGAGUGAGGACGCUGUAUGGAAAGUAGCCUCACAGCGCCCUCUGGCUGAUUCAGAAAUAAGGCAGUUAUUUACCGUAGUGAAAGAUAGGCAGGUUGUUGAUUGGCUGGCAUACCCACACUAUACUAUCCCCGGACAUCUGGGAACCUUUGUCCUUCAUAAUGGACUGUACUAUGUGAAUGGUAUAGAGUGGGCAGCCUCUGCUAUGGAGAUGAGUGUGAUAGGAGGGAGAAACGUAGCACUCCUGUCAUACAACUGGUGGUAUGGGUUAGAUGCGAAGGUAGAUCCUGGAAAGUCAACCAAGACAGAGCUUUGAGUGCAAAGUCUGCUUCAGAGGAGCCAGCAAAAACUGAUUAGUGAAUGACAUAAUAAGAAAGUUCUCUAUUCAUAACCUAGGAGUAACAAAACAAUAAACCCAUU